CGAUGUCUGUAUAGUCCCUCUGUGGACAUCGCGCCUCUCGGGCCUUCAGCCAAGACUUCCAGCAGUAAUUAAAGGUUCUCUAUAAGCUGCUUCAGGUGCUGCUGGAGGCAAAACGAUGCUCACAUUCAUGGCCUCUGACAGCGAGGAAGAGGUGUGCGAUGAGCGGACAUCCUUGAUGUCCGCUGAGAGCCAGGAGGGCCGGCCAGGACCGGGGGAUGCAGACAACACUGCCCAGUGGAGGAGCCAGGACAGCGAGGAAGACUGUGAGGAGGAUCCGGACCGCUACACCUGUCACGGGGUUCCUGGGCGGCCGCCAGGCCUGGAGGAAGAGCUGACCCUCAAGUAUGGGGCGAAGCAUGUGAUCAUGCUGUUUGUGCCUGUCACGCUGUGCAUGGUUGUGGUGGUGGCCACCAUCAAGUCCGUGCGCUUCUACACGGAGAAGAAUGGACAGCUCAUCUACACGCCCUUCACUGAGGACACGCCUUCGGUGGGCCAGCGGCUCCUCAACUCCGUGCUGAACACCCUCAUCAUGAUCAGCGUCAUCGUGAUCAUGACCAUCUUCCUAGUGGUACUCUACAAGUAUCGCUGCUACAAGUUCAUCCACGGCUGGCUGAUCAUGUCCUCCCUGAUGCUCCUGUUCUUGUUCACCUACAUCUACCUCGGGGAAGUGCUCAAGACCUACAACGUGGCCAUGGACUAUCCCACACUCUUCCUGGCCAUCUGGAACUUCGGGGCAGUGGGCAUGGUGUGCAUCCACUGGAAGGGGCCGCUGCUGCUGCAGCAGGCCUACCUCAUCGUCAUCAGCGCGCUCAUGGCCCUGGUGUUCAUCAAGUACCUGCCGGAGUGGUCUGCCUGGGUCAUCUUGGGGGCCAUCUCUGUGUACGAUCUUGUGGCUGUGCUGUGCCCCAAAGGGCCACUGAGAAUGCUGGUGGAAACUGCCCAGGAGAGAAAUGAGCCCAUAUUUCCUGCCCUGAUAUACUCAUCUGCCAUGGUGUGGACCGUGGGCAUGGCAAAGCUAGACCCCUCCUCCCAAGGAGCGCUGCAGCUCCUCUAUGACCCAGAGAUGGAGGAAGACUCCUAUGACAGUUUUGGGGAGCCCUCCUACCCUGAAGCCUUUGAAGCCCCCCUGCCUGGCUACCCAGGGGAAGAGCCGGAAGAAGAGGAGGAAAGGGGCGUGAAGCUCGGCCUGGGAGACUUCAUCUUCUACAGUGUCCUGGUGGGCAAGGCAGCAGCCGCUGGCAAUGGAGACUGGAACACCACCCUGGCUUGCUUUAUCGCCAUCCUCAUUGGUUUGUGCCUGACCCUGCUGCUGCUCGCCGUGUUCAAGAAGGCCCUGCCCGCCCUCCCCAUCUCCAUCACCUUCGGCCUCAUCUUUUACUUCUCCACAGACAACCUGGUGCGUCCUUUCAUGGACACGUUGGCCUCCCACCAGCUCUACAUCUGACGGGAGACAGGGUGUGGCUCUCAGAGCCGUAGGAGCCUUCUCUGGAUGCAAGUGACUAGUUUUACACUCUAGUGCCAUUUUUUUUUUUUUAAACAAACUUUUUUUUUUCCUUAAAAAAAAAAAAAAAGAAUAAAAAAGUGUUGUGUUUACUUCGCGAUGAGGAAGCAGAAACUGCUGUUUGGUGCUAGUUGUCCUGUCACCAGACUGUGGCUUUCCUGCCGCUCCACCUACCUGUGGCACCGGUGGGAUGCCCAGCAAGCGUAUCUUCAGGGAUGGGGUCAUGCGUGUGGAUCAGGCUGUGGAGGACGCAGGCCCCGUCCGGGUCUGUAAUCCUCCAGGGCUGAGUAGAAGGAACAUGUGCAUCUGUGGGGUCAGGAAGGAUGCUCAGCACCAUCACCCAACCAGAGGAGCAAAGCCAGUUUGCAGCCGUGAAUGUUCCCAGUGCUUUGUUCGUGGAGUCUCUGUUACUUUAGAACCUUUAGAAGCUGAGUCCUGUUCUUACUACUGCAGUGACUGCUGGGAAGUGGCUUAAUAUUAAUACCAAUAAAUAGAUGCUCCUGUUGGAA